AUGGCCUCGACGGAUGGGACGUUGGUGGUGGGAGUAGACGUCGGAGGUACUAACACGGACAGCGUCUUGCUUAAUGUCUCCAAGACCAGUGCGGACGCCGUGGUUGCAUCUCACAAAGCCCCAACCACCUCCAACGUGACGCUCUCUGUCCAGGCAACUCUGAAAGCUCUGUUGGACUCGUCAACCCUCAACCCGGCGAGCAUCACUGCUCUCGCCAUCGGCACGACGCAUUUCUUGAACGCAAUCAUUGAGAGAGACACAUCGCGUGUCGAGAAGAUUGCAGUCCUUCGCUUGGCCUCUCAUAACUUUUCCACAGGAACGCCGCCCUUCGCAGACUGGCCAAAAGCUCUGAAGCGCAUCAUCAAUGGACACUCUGCGAUCAUCCCUGGCGGAUGCAACAUCGACGGCACACUCAUCGGACCCAUCGAUGAGGCAGCGAUCCGCGAGCAAGCGGCCAUCAUCAAGUCCAAAGGGCUGAAGAACGUGGCCAUUGUUGGGAUCGGUUGCUCUACCGACAAAGACUACCACCAAGAAGAAGAGGUCUCUAAGAUUCUUCGCAAUGAGCUCGGAGAAGAUGUCAACAUUGUCCUGUCUCACAAUAUCGCAGGUCCGGGUCUCCUCGCACGCGAGAACGCCACGAUUCUGAAUGCCUCGAUUCUCAACUUCGCCCAGCGGACGAUCAGAGCUUUCAUCGGUGCCAUGCGUAGAAUCGGUCUUCAGUGCCCGCUGUACUUGACUUCCAACUCUGGCCACCUUCUGCCGUUUUCCGAAGCCAUGCAGGCGCCUAUCAAGAUCUUCUCAUCGGGUGCCACCAACUCCAUCAGAGGUGCUGCUUUCCUUGCGUCGGACGCGAUCGAUCAAUCUGGCAGUAUCGUCGUUGAUAUUGGCGGCACGACCUCUGACGUGGGCUAUCUUUUGAAGAAUGGAUACCCUCGUCUAUCCAAGAGCUACACGGCCCUGGCUGGCGUCAAGGUCAACCUCGAGAUGCCUUCAGUCGAGAGUAUCGGCUUGGGCGGAGGUUCCAUCCUACACGUUGGCGACGAUGGAUCUGUUGCUGUUGGACCCGAUAGCGUCGGCCAUGACCUCGUUACUAAGGCGUUGUGCUUCGGAGGCGAGGUGGCCACGGCGACAGAUAUCGCUGUUGCAUCGGGUGCAAAGAUUGGCAACACCACAGUUGCCUUGCCGACCGACACUAUUGAGAAGGGUAAGGCGCGAGUCAGAAAGAUGCUGGAAUCUGUCAUCGAUCGCGCCAAAAUCUCUCCCGAGCCGUGCACCGUUAUCUUGGUCGGAGGUGGCUCCGUUCUUUGCCCGCCAGAGCUCACCGGUGUGAGCAAAGUGGUGCUGCCUGAGCAUGCUGGCGUCGCCAAUGCCAUCGGUGCCGCAAUCGCCAAGAUCUACGGCUCAGCUGAGACUAUUGUCUACGGCUCAGAUAUCCAGGGCGGUAUUGCGGAGGUCAAAGCUAGAGCUAUCGAGAACGCUGUAGCCAAGGGCGGUGACUCGAGCUCUGUUACGGUCCUCCACGAAGAAGUUGCUGGUGUGCCAUAUGUGGAGAACCAGACCUCCAUCAAGAUUGAGGUUGCGCUGGCUGCGGACCAUCAGCGGGUUUACUCGGAGAUGACUCAGACAGCUGCCCCUGACCAACUUGUUGACGAGGAGAUGUUCGAGGAGACUAAGAAGCAUGAGACCACAGACGCUGGUGAUGCCGACGAGGAUGAUACCGUCGACCUUAAAACCUACCGCCCGCAGAUCGAGUCGAGCGGUCUCUGGACUCUCUCUGAGACUGACCUAAGGUUCUUGUCUAUCGGCUGCUACAUCCUGGGUUGCGGUGGCGGCGGGUCUCCAUACGCCCCUUAUCUCCAGUUGAGACAGCUUCUUACAGAAGGAGAGACAAUGAAGAUCAUUCGCAUCGAGGACUUAAAGGACGAGGAGAUGAUGCCGCCCGUUGCUAGUGUCGGUACACCGGCUGUUAGUAUCGAGCGUCCCGGAGGACACGGCGUAUGGCAUGCCAUGCAGGAGAUGGAGAAGGAGAUGAAGACCAAGUUUGAGAGACUGAUUGCCACCGAGAUCGGCGGAGCAAAUGGCGUCGCUACCCUUAUCUGGGGAAGCUCACGGUACUACGAUAUCCCCACGGUUGACGGAGAUAUGAUGGGCCGAGCUUACCCCCAGUUUGAGAUGGUCUCCCAAUACAUCCACGCCAAGUCCGUCAACGAGCUCCUCCCUGUAACUCUCUGCAGUGGAACCGGUCACAACGUUGUCAUCCCCGCGACACAAACCGAUGAGACUUCAGCAGGAAUUGCUAUUCGUGAUGCAUGCAUGGCCAUGGGCUCAGCCGCCGGCGCCGCCGGCCGUCCCAUCCCUGGAAAGCUGAUGCGCGAGGUCGGCAUCCCAAACACUUACUCGUUAGCAUGGCGUCUGGGACGUGUAGUCGCUUUGGCGCAGCAAGCUGGCACUGUUUCAACAGUUACAAAGGACUUGAUAGAGGCUGCUGGUGGUCCUGGUAGCGCCAAGGUGCUUUUCCAGGGCAAGAUUCGUGGCGUCGAAAGCACCCUGACAACUACGGCACACAGUCUGGGCAAGGUAACCGUUGAGAGGCUGAGUGAAAGCGAGAUGGAAACGGAUACGGAUAGAAUUGGCGAGGGCUUGAAGGAAGUUGUGGUUCCGUUCAUGAAUGAGAACCUCGGCGUUUUGGGCAAGCUUGAGGACGGCACGGAGAAGGUCAUCGCGACUGUUCCCGACUUGAUCUUCCUCCUUGACACCUCGACUGGCGAAGCCAUUGGUGUCCAAGAAUACAGAUACGGCCUAAAGGUGGCCGUCAUGAUCAUGGCGGGCCAUCCCCUUUGGGCAACCGAGCGUGCCCUCGAAAUUGCUGGGCCCAAGGUCUUUGGCCUCCCCCACGAUUACAAAACUGAGCUGAGCUACACCAAGCCAGUCAGUGUUAUCGAUGAGUUCCGACCGAAGGCAUAA